GAACCGCAUUCGUACCCGGUGCAUGCCAUGUGUGUGUAAACUGUUUAUACACGAUCGCCGCUGCGCCCAUGCAUUUCCAUCGACCAGCUAGGCCGGCCUGGCCGGGAGCAAAUCAGCACACGCCAUUUUCCGGUCGCCUUCGGGCCCCCGUUGAUGCCAGCGUCGACGUCACUGGUCUACUGGUUAUAUAACCGAGGCUUCUCGCCACGCCCACCGCCUGCGGCUCUCAAGAAGAGAAGCUAGGCGUAGAGGAAGGAGAGCAGAGAGCUGGUCCGGCAGCCACUCUGCCCCGUCUCAAGUGUCUCCUGCUCCGGCCAUAGAUCGAUGGGGUCGUUGGGGGGGGAGACGGUGGUGCUGGCCGUGAACGGCGCGAGGCACGAGGCGGCCGGCGUCGACCCGUCGAUGACGCUGCUGGAGUUCCUCCGCACCCGGACGCCCGUCAGGGGCCCCAAGCUCGGCUGCGGCGAAGGUGGAUGCGGCGCAUGCGCUGUCCUGAUCUCCAAGUACGACCCGGCGACCGACGAGGUGACCGAGUUCUCGGCGAGUUCCUGCCUGACGCUCGUCGGCAGCGUGAACCGCUGCUCGGUGACCACCAGCGAGGGCAUCGGCAACACCCGCGAUGGCUACCACCCGGUGCAGCAGCGCCUCUCCGGCUUCCACGCCUCGCAGUGCGGCUUCUGCACGCCCGGCAUGUGCAUGUCCAUCUUCUCCGCGCUCGUCAAGGCCGACAAGCCCAAGCCCGGCGCCGAGGGCGAGCCCGCUGCGCCGCCGGGGUUCUCCAAGCUCACCUCGUGCGAGGCCGAGCACGCCGUCUCCGGCAACCUCUGCCGCUGCACGGGCUACCGGCCCAUCGUCGACGCCUGCAAGAGCUUCGCCGCCGACGUCGACCUCGAGGACCUCGGCCUCAACUCCUUCUGGAAGAAAGGCUGCGCGGACGUCGGCAAGCUCCCGGAGUACUCCGCCGGCUCUGUAUGCACGUUCCCGGAGUUUCUCAAGUCUGAGAUCAAGUCAUCCACCGUUGACCAGAACACGGGGGAUGUCUCGGCGCCGGCGGCGAUCGCCGGUGACGGCGGCGGCUGGUACCAUCCCAAGAGCAUCGAGGAGCUGCACAGCCUCUUCGAGUCCAACUGGUUCGACACAAACUCUGUCAAGAUAGUGGCGUCGAACACCGGCGCCGGCGUGUACAAGGACCAAGACCUCCAUGACAAGUACAUCGACAUCAAAGGGAUCCCUGAGCUUUCGGUGCUCAACAGAAGCAGCAAGGGUGUCGAGAUCGGAGCCACUGUGUCCAUUGCUAAAGCCAUCGAGGUGUUUUCUGAUGGAACUCCGGUGUUCAGCAAGAUCGCCGAUCACCUGAGCAAGGUGGCCUCGCCGUUCGUCCGGAACACGGCGACCAUCGGCGGCAACCUGAUCAUGGCGCAGCGGCUGGAGUUCGCGUCGGACAUCGCCACGGUUCUCCUCGCUGCGGGCUCCACGGUCACCAUCCAGACGGCUUCCAAGAUGCAGUGCCUGACGCUAGAGGAGUUCUUGGAGCAGCCUCCCUGUGAUGUCAGGACAAUACUGCUCAGCGUGUUUGUUCCUGACUGGAGUUCAGACAAUGUCACCUUCGAGACCUCUCGGGCAGCUCCUCGACCAUUCGGCAACGCCGUCUCCUAUGUAAAUUCUGCAUUCCUGGCAAGGACUUCAGGGGAUGCAGCUUCAGGAGGGCUUCUUAUAGAGGAUAUCUGCCUUGCAUUCGGCGCUUACGGCGUCGAUCAUGCGAGGCGUGCUCAGAAGGUGGAGGAAUUCCUGAAGGGGAAAUCGGUGAGCGCGCCGGUGAUACUUGAAGCGAUUCGGUUGCUGAAAGAUGCCAUCUCACCGUCAAAAGGCACCACACACCCUGAGUACAGAGUCAGCCUGGCUGUCAGUUUCUUGUUCAGUUUCUUGUCUUCCCUUGCCAAUAACCUGAAUGAACCGUCAAAGGAUAGUAGUAUUCCCAAUGGCAAUGGGUCAUGUGCUAAUGGAAAGAUGAAUGGUAUCGCCAAGAAUUUGCCGGAGAAGCAAGCUGACGUUGCCAGCGACAAUUUACCGAUUCGCUCAAGGCAAGCAAUGGUUUUCAGUGAUGAAUACAAACCAGUUGGCAAGCCGCUCGCGAAAGCUGGGGCGGAGCUGCAAGCUUCUGGGGAGGCUGUCUAUGUUGAUGACAUCCCUGCUCCCAAGGAUUGCCUCUAUGGAGCAUUUAUCUACAGCACACACCCACAUGCUCAUAUAAAAGGUGUCAACUUCAAAUCAUCUUUGGCUUCAGAAAAGGUCAUCACGGUUAUCUCCGCAAAGGACAUCCCGAGCGGUGGAGAAAAUGUUGGAUCCAGCUUCCCGAUGCUAGGAGACGAAGCACUUUUUGGUGAUCCGAUUUCUGAAUUUGCCGGUCAAAAUAUUGGCAUUGUGAUUGCUGAAACACAAAAGUACGCUUAUAUGGCGGCGAAGCAAGCCGUCAUCGAGUACAGCACCGAAAAUCUUAAGCCGCCCAUUCUGACAAUAGAGGAUGCCAUCCAACAUAAUAGCUACUUCCAUACUCCCCCAUUUUUGGCUCCUAAGCAAAUUGGGGACUUCGACAAAGGGAUGUCUGAAGCUGAUCACAAGAUCUUAUCAGGAGAGGUGAAACUUGAAUCACAGUACUACUUCUACAUGGAGACGCAAACCGCAUUGGCCAUCCCGGACGAAGACAACUGUAUCACCGUCUACUCCUCGACGCAGAUUCCCGAGGUCACGCAGAAUGUCAUUGCGAAGUGCCUCGGCAUUCCGUGUCACAAUGUCCGUGUCAUUACUAGGCGAGUCGGAGGAGGCUUUGGUGGAAAGGCAAUGAAAGGAUGCCAUGUUGCAUGUGCUGUAGCAGUCGCAGCGUUCAAGCUGCGGCGCCCGGUCCGGAUGUACUUGGACCGCAAGACGGACAUGAUCAUGGCGGGAGGGCGGCACCCGAUGAAAGUCAAGUACUCGGUGGGGUUCAAGUCCGACGGCACGCUCACAGCACUUCACAUGGACCUCGGGAUGAACGCGGGGAUCUCGCCGGACGUGAGCCCAAUGCUCCCGUCGGCCAUCAUCGGGGCCCUGAAAAAGUACAACUGGGGAGCCCUCUCCUUCGACGUCAAGGCGUGCAAGACCAACGUGUCAUCCAAGUCGGCGAUGCGCAGCCCCGGCGACGUGCAGGGCUCCUUCAUCGCCGAGGCUAUAAUCGAGCACGUCGCCUCCACGCUCGGUGCCGACACGAACGCCGUCAGGAAGAAGAACCUCCACGACAUUGACAGCCUCAAGGUGUUCUACGGGGACGCGGCCGGGGAUCCGCAGACGUACAGCCUCGUCGACAUCUUCGACAAGCUGGCAGCCUCGCCGGAGUACAAGCAGAGGGCCGCCGCCGUGGAGAGCUUCAACGGCGGGAGCAGGUGGAAGAAGCGCGGGAUCUCGUGCGUGCCGAUCACGUACGAGGUGCGGCUCCGGCCGACGCCCGGGAAGGUGUCGAUCAUGAACGACGGGUCCAUCGCCGUGGAGGUCGGUGGUGUCGAGAUCGGGCAGGGGCUCUGGACUAAGGUGAAGCAGAUGGCCGCGUUCGGGCUCCGCCCGCUAUGCGCCGACGGAGAGGGGUUGCUUGACAAGGUGCGCGUGAUCCAGGCCGAUUCGCUGAGCAUGGUCCAGGGCGGGUUCACCGGCGGGAGCACCACUUCCGAGACCAGCUGCGAGGCGGUGCGCCAGUCGUGCGCCGAGCUCGUGGAGCGGCUGAUGCCGAUCAAGGAGAGCCUUGAGGCCACGUCCGGCACGGCGCCCUCAUGGAGCGCCCUGAUUACCCAGGCGACGAUGGCGAGCGUGAACUUGGCGGCGCAUGCCUACUGGAAACCUGACCCGGCUUUCGUGAACUACAUCAACUACGGAGCCGCCGUCAGCGAGGUGGAGGUGGACGUUCUGACGGGCGCAACGACGAUCCUGAGGAGCGACCUGGUGUACGACUGCGGGCAGAGCCUGAACCCGGCGGUGGACCUUGGCCAGGUGGAGGGCGCCUUCGUGCAAGGCGUCGGCUUCUUCACCAACGAGGAGUACGCCACCAACGCGGACGGGAUGGUCAUCAACGACGGCACGUGGACGUACAAGAUCCCCACCGUCGACACCAUCCCCAAGCAGCUCAACGUCGAGCUCAUCAACAGCGCCCGCGACAAGAAGCGCGUUCUCUCCUCCAAAGCGUCCGGCGAGCCGCCGCUGCUGCUGGCGUCGUCGGUGCACUGCGCGAUGCGGGAGGCCAUCAGGGCGGCGAGGAAGGAGUUCGCGGUGGAUUCGCCGCUCACGUUCCAGAUGGACGUGCCGGCGACCAUGGCCACCGUCAAGGAGCUCUGCGGCCUCGACGUCGUCGAGAGGCACCUCGAGAGCCUCUCCGCCGCCGCCAAGGCAUGAAGAAUGAGCAUGGCAAGUACCAACUACGCGUGUUCUGGGAACGAUAUGCGAGCGAUGCGUGCUUGCUUGUUGGGUGUACAAAAGAGAGGAGCUAGUAAUAAAGUUAGAGACGUGUGUUGACAAUGUCCAA